UUUGUGCUCGGCGGUGCUGCGGAGGUGAGCGGGUGGCGGGGCCGCGGCGGCCGGCUCGGGACCAGCCCAGCCUUCCCUUUCCCUCGGCGGCCGGCUCGGGACCAGCCCAGCCUUCCCUUUCCCUCCUCUCGGCGUCGCGGUGUGGCCCCCGGAGGCCUCCCCUGAGGCCUGACUGGAGGGGCUGUUGUGGUCCCGGUGGGGGGCCUUGAGACGCUAUGGAGGAAGGAAAAGAGAUGGCAGCAUGUUGCUCAAGUAAUGAGACUGAAGAAAAAACAAGUAUUCACAUGAGUAAUGUUUCAGACCUUAUUCUUCUGUGUGAUGAAAAGUUUGAUUUUGACCUUUCACUCUCUCCAGCAAGUGGAAAUGAAGAUGAAGUUUUUAUUGGCCCUUUGGGACAUAAAGAAAAAUGUAUUGCUGUCAAUAUUGAAGCAAAAAAAAAUGCUGAAGAAAAGACUGUAUCUGUUUGUGAUGAAAAGUGGAGCCCACUUACAGGAGAGAAACUUGUGGAAAUUUUCAAAGAAGCUCGCUUGUUAGCACUGCAAAUAGAGACUGGAAGCAAGAAGGAACAGACUGAAAUAAGCCAAUCGGAAGAACAGGAAAACAAGAUUAUAGAAAAAUUUGUGGAGGAGUCAGAGUCAAAACUAAAAAUACUGAGAAACCAAAAUAUAAAGAAUAGUCCCAGGGCUGUUAAAAGAGAGACAUACUGUGUGUGGGAUAGCCCAGCAUGUCAGCUGCCACCUUGUUUUCAGAAGGAAUCGGAUAAACUUUUGUCAGAUGCCAAAACAGAAGCUCUUCAUGCUUUUUCAAACAGAAGUCCUGUUAGAAUAUGCGUACCUCCUACAAAAAUUGCCAGUUCACCUCUGACAGAAGAACAGAAAACUAAGGAACAAAAUACAAAGGCAACUGGCAAACUGCCAAUGGCAAAACCUUCAUCUACUCUUGGAAAAAGCAAUUCAUUGACAACUGAAAAGCCUAAACAAGGAAAAAGAACUAGCAUUUCUACAAAAAGAGACUUGAACAGCAUGGGAUCAUCUGAAGAUAUAAUUUCUGAUAAAUCUAGCGCUGCUUCAGAUGUCUUUGAGUCAUCAUGCAGUGGCAGUUCUUCAUCAGAAGAUAAAAAAAACCUUCCUGCACCUAGUAAGCCUGGCUUAAAGAAGAUAACGCACCUAAAACUUCCUGGUGUUGCCAGUGGUCUCACAAGAAAAACUACUUCGUCUUUGUCGUCAGUUUCCAGCAUGGACCCAAGUCUGAGUUCAAGUUUACCCAUUUCUCCAACAGGAAAAAAUGGAAAAUCAAGCAUGCCUUCGAAGGUUAGUGUGAGCGGCUCUAGGCUUUCAUCUAGUUCAAGCAGCCUGGCCCUUGUCAAACCUACCAGAGUGUCAUCUCUGCCAUCUGCCAAUACUGAGAAAUCCAGGAAGCAAGCAAGAUCAUCUAGUACUCCCACAACAUUUAAUGCUGCAAGCCUGGCUAAAUCUUCAGCUUCUGUAACAUCAUCUGAGGCUGUAGGCAGUGGAAUUCAGAGACUGAGCUCUGUUCACAGUCUGCAGAAGCUAUGUCAGCAGAAUAAAGAUGGAAGUGCAACAAAAGGAAGCCUGUGUCCAAAACCCAGGGCUAGAGUUUUGUCUGUUCCUGCAAGUCAGACUAAAGUUCUAGGGAAGACUGGAGAUACACCACCAAAAAAAUCAGCACCAAAAGCAACAUCAUCUCUUGGAUUGACAUUUUGUGGCACACUUGGAAGCGCCAUGGCAGUCAGCACUCCUGUGAAAGCCUCAGAAGACAGGAUCUCUCAGAAUUCUAGUUUUCGUAUGAAGUCUGUCUCCAUGACUCCUGCCAGUCUGAAACGGUCUGGCUUACCUACGCCUAUUCGUCGUAUCUCAGGAUUUCCAGCAGUGACUCCUAAAACUACACCAAGAAUGGCAUUUUCUCCACAUGCUGCAUCUAUUUGCCAAAGUUCCAGCUUUUCUACCAAAAAGACUCUUACAGCUGGUUCUAAACGGACAAAAGAGAAGACACAGAUAACUUCUUCAGAAGAUGAUAUAUCUCCUCCACCUUUGCUACCUCUUGCACUUAACUUCUCACCAGAAAAAGCUACUACAGGAGUAGUAGAAAAUGAAUUAAAAGAGGCUGAAGUACAAAAUCAGCUGGCUGAAGAGAAACAAACUGAGGCCUUACUGGUAGAUAUUGGAGUAGGCAAAUCACUCCUACACACUUUGGAAUGUGAAAGUAGACCUCUGCUUGACCUUUCUAAUACUCCUGAAGUGAAUAAGAUUACUCCUCUAAAGCCUGUGUUCUCAGCACAGGUAAAGCUAAUUGAUCUCAGUUCACCCCUUAUCACUCUGAGUCCCGAUGUAAACCAAGAAAAUCUGGAUUCCCCUCUAAUCAAGUUUUGAAUGUUAGCUGAAAUGAAGAAUUCUUGGCAUCUGUGAUCUUCAAAGUCUUUAGGUGUUAUGUUUCACUGGUACUGUUUUUUUUGAAGGCGGCUAUAGAUUAUCUGAUUAACUGCAUUAACACCAUAGAAUUUUAGUAGUCUUGAUAUAGUCAAACUGAGUCUGAUUAAGGGUUCUGUUAAUGGAUAUGCUGCAAUGGAUGUAUUUAAACUGUGUUGCCCUAAGGCUAAAAGGGAUAUUCCCCGUAUUGGAAGCCUUUCACUUUUUGUUUCCUACCAAUUGUUCUUUGAUUCCUUAUCCCAUAUGUGCCACAGAUUUAAUUUAAAAUAAAUGAAUUGUUUACUGAACUGUUGUGCAAAAUAGCAAUCUUUUUGUUACAGGCUUUGGCUGCACUAUUUUAGUGUUUCACUAGCAAAUGUUAAGAUGCAGGUAAAGCUAGUGGGCUCAGGGUGGUUUUUCAUACAAAAGUAUAGCAAGUUUGGGAAUAAAUGUUUUACUCUUGACUGCUAAUGGAAUACACUAACAGCAACAGCUUAAUUGGUGUAAUCCAAAGGAGAAAGUUACAGCUUGUUAUUGCCAGAUGGUUUAAGUCUUAAUAUUUGAAAGUCAGAUUUGAACUUUCUCCUCUCGAUAGAAAAUGCUUUCUUACCUAGAUUUGACACACUUGGAUACUACAUGGAGAUUUUAGAUACAGGGAGGUGAACGGAAAUGAAAAUGCAUGUAGUGGCAGCAGCUCAUAAAUGUUGAAGUAAGAAGCCUGUCUUGGAGACUACGCAUAUAUACUAGCUUAAUUUAUUUACUAAAAUUUAUCAAGAGAUUGAAAUGGAUUUUCAGCUGUGGUAGAAGAUGGGGAAUCUAAAUGCUUAUGUAGGAAGAAGUGUUCAGGUGAGUAUCAAACAUUUGGAUGCGGAACAAGGCUGCUGUCUUGGUUUUAUCAUAAGGCACUUGCCUACUUCUCACCUGCCUCUUCCGUGGUUACUGAAUUGAAGGCGUUUGGUCAGAUUGUCAAGAUUCUUCUGAGUCAGGCGAAACAAUCCUGCAACCUGUAAAAUAUGAAACAUAAAAAUCUGGAAUUUGUAUUUUUCUUUGCUUGUUCCUGGUUUCCUUCUGUGAAAAGCAAGAGAGCUGCUUCAGCCAAAGCA